UCUUUAAUUCACACAUAGCUUAUCUAAGCUCGAUGUGCCAUGACUGGGAUCCCGGGAAAAUCUUAUCAAAACCUAAAUCCGCACCCUGCCCCCCACCAAAUUCCCUUAUCGAUUGGUUCGCAAACGCGAUUCGCAACUCGCAAUUCGCAAGUCUAUCAUCAAACAUCAAACAUCAAAUUCGAGACAUCGAAGUCUUUUUUUCUUUUCUUCUUUUUUUUUUUUUCUUUUCGAGCUCGACCGACUCCUCUCUGUUCUGUCCCCCUUUCCUUCUCGAGACGGUCCGAACGUGCGGUUUCGACGAACGAACGAACAGACGAACGAUUAAAUAGAAACUGUCGUUGUGCGCUCCAUCCAUGUGAGCGAGAGCCAAACAAAAAGCCAAGCAGCCGACUUAUACAAGAUGCUGUACGAGUUAAUCGGAAUCGUCCGACCGGGCAACCUCGCCGAGGUGAAGGAAAUCGUCCUAACGACCGGGCAGCUGAUCCUGCAGCAAAAGGGGGUGAUCCGGGGCAUCGCGAACUGGGGGGUGUUCCUGCUGCCGCGGGCGACGAGCGUGCACCAGAUGCGGCACCACUCGGGGCACUACUUCGCGAUGCGGUUCGACGCCAGCGUCCGCACCCAGGAGGCCGUGCGCAGCAUGCUCGCUCUCGACCCCCGCAUGAUCCGCCACUCCUCCGUCAAGCUCGGCGACGGCAAGCUCGCUACCCUCAGCCGCUUCGGCGCCCCCGAGUGGUCGGGCUAAGCAGGGGUGGUGGUAGUGGUGGUAGUAGUAGUGCCAGCUAGGUUGGUUUAAUCGAGCUGGGAGCACGGGAGGGGGCUAGGGCAAAACUUCAAGACGGCGUGCGUGGCCCUGGGAUAUGAGAUAAGAAGAGAUGGGAUGAGAUGAGGUGAGAUCGGGGGCCUUGGAUCGCGGGGUACUGUAUAUUAUAAACAAACCCCUUUCUUACCCAGAUUACCGUCUUCUUAGAUUAGAGGGGACUGCAGGUUAUCAUCACGAGAGGGGGGGUGCGGCAGUGUGCUAGCAGUUGGUAUCAAAGGUGGCAAAAAAACGAAUUGUCUACCAGUCUACCUUAGGUACUUUAUCUACCCAGGUACCUAGCUAGAUGCUGUAUAUCAGGUAGAAAGAAGAUGAUAAUAGUGGUAGCGGAAGCUGAAUUUAAGAGUGUCGGAUGACAUGAGCCAUCUACCUGUUACCACCAUUGAUAUAUUGCGCGCAUAAUAUAAAACUAUGACACAGCACGGAGAGCAUGCGUACCUAAGGGCAUAAAUACACAUGGGGUACAGCCACUUGCUAGCACUUGACUCCGGACUUGCCAGUUAACGCUACAGUAAAUCAUAUGCAUUAAAUCACAUCACAAAGAACACCACACGAAGGCACGAGG